ACCUGACCGCGCCUCACGAAGGCAUCCAGGCGUUCAGCCGCCCUCAGCCUGCCAACAUACAAGAACUCUGAUCCUCGAUCCCUGUCGAUGGAACCACAUUACCCAGACCUCUUCCUUCCACUCUAGUUCUAGAGUUCAUUCAAAGUUUCAGUUAUUCACUUCUAAGCUUUUGCCAGGACUCACACAAGAUGAAUUCCACUACGAUGCAGCCGCCGAAGGCACCGUCCCAGUGGGCAAGUCCCACCGAAUGGGAUCGACACAAGGCGAAGAUCUCGGAGCUUUAUGAGACUAUGGAGCUGAAGGAUGUAAUGAGCACAAUGGAGAAGGAUUAUGGCUUCAAGGCCACGAAAAAAAUGUACAAUACACGUAUUGCGAAAUGGGAACUGAACAAGCGCAUACAAGCCAACGACUACGGUAGCAUGAUCAGAAAGAAACGAAAGCGUGCGCAAGAGGACUGCGGCAAGAAGUCAACAUUCAUCCUUCACGGAAGAGCUGUGCCAGAUGCCAAAAUCGCACGAUUUGAAGCAAGAACCGGGAGACAAGAGGUUGACGACCUCAUAGCUACUGCCCCAACACCGCCGGGUUUGAUUUGCAGAACCCCAACGCCUUCAAGCCCGUUUCAUCGCUCUGUUAUUCCUGCGGCUUCAGCUCUCCUUUCACCUACGAGCUCAACUGGGAGUAUCUGGAACUUCAUUUCCUGGAACGAAUCCACAAAUCAGCCUUCAGAGCCUUCUAGAUUCCAUCAGUCUACCGACUCAUCUGCGAACCUGGCUGGAUCUCAAUCCGUCGACGUGACAAUGGGCGGCAGUGAAGUCUUUGCUAGAUUUUCACCAACCCUUGGUACUCGAAAUUUGCUUCAAAGCCAGCGCCAAUCCCAUGCAGGUUCCGUCAAUGCAUUCCUACACCACUACCAGGACGAGUUUCUGUCCUUGCCGCAUUCGAGUCCCGGACUACAGAAAGCCAUUAUCGCCACAACUACUAGCCCCAGUAGCUCACCCACAUUUUCCAUUGCAUCCCUUCGGCAGAUCACACCAAGCCCCGAGCUUUUGCAAGCCUUCGAGGGCCUAGCUUUUAGUUAAAGUCCUUCGCUCUCAAGCACUGAAUGGUGGUCUUCAUUCGCCAACUUUAGAGAAUCCUGUCCAGCAAGCC